UUGGGAGUGUAUAUUUUAAUUUAUUUCAUUAAUAGAUUGCUUAAGCUAGAUUUAGAGUAAAAUAUCAUGAUCGAGUCGACAAUUGGAGCGGAAAGAAUCUGCAUUAGAGAUGAUCGGAACAUCAAAAAAAAGAAGUGAAGUUAGAAAGCAAUAUGAUAGGUGGUAAUUAUCUUGUACGGUUUGGGGGAUAAUUGAUAUACCUGUAUUAGUGGGGGUAGCAUUCAAUCGAACAUACAGAAAAUUGGAGGUAGCAUUCUACUACAGAUGUUAAAUCAUGGACUGGUUCCUUUAGCCCUUUUGCAAUGUUUUGGGAUUCUAUAAUUCAAACGGACUACCACAAGAAAGUCGCUCCUAUCUAUGACCACUUGUCAUGAAAAAUGUAAAAUAUCUACUUUCUUGUCUUGCCUCUCUGAAACGAGUAUCUAAGUAUCCUUUUUUUAAGGGGAGCUGGUCCGUGUGGCCAGCUAAAGAAGAUGACAACGGAAAGGGAGCCUGAACGAGGAAUUUGAAGAUGAGGAAGCGUUAUCAUCAGUAGUGAGUCCAACUCGGGGCUGUCGUGUGGGUUGGAACUCUAAGGAUCAAAGCUUUUUAAGACGGCUUAAAGCUUUUGAUGGGUAAUCAUUAUCGUAAGUUUUUAGUGCCUUCGUUCCAUUGGUUAGUUUCAUCGAAGCAGUAAGCACACGCUCAUGAUUUCACUGUUCAUUACUCAAAAUCCAAAACUGAUCUCUUUCUUGCAUGAUUUCGUUAUCUGUUCAUGCGCUCUGAUACUGGUUUUACGCUUCAUUGGCUGCGCACCUUCUCCAAUGCCUUCUCCCUUAAAUUCUUUCCCUUUUCUUCUUCCCCUUCAAUUUUCCAACUCUUUUGGUGAAGAGGAAAUGGACCCUUUUCCUUCGUCAUGCCAUCUUUCCCCUCUCCAUUUCAGGAGCUGCAAUUUUGGGUUUCAAGACAGCAUUUUUGACGUUGUUCCAUUGUUUGAGACAUGCCCAAAUGACUCCUUUUUGGUUCUAAAGGAUAUUGAACCCAUUAACACCAUUAUAUCAGAAGAUGGUGGAGAAAAUGAAAAGAAUGGAUUAGAGAGGAAAGAAGGGAGGGGCAAAAGGAAGUGGUGCGGAGAAACGAGCAGCAGCCCAUCAAAAGGUUUGUCAAGAAAGACAAUAUCUGAGUACUUCUGGAUGCCCAUAAGUCAGGCCGCUAAGGAAUUGAAUGUGGGGCUCACUCUGUUGAAGAAGAGGUGUAGAGAAUUGGGCAUAAGGAGAUGGCCUCAUAGGAAGUUGAUGAGCCUCCAAACGCUAAUCAAGAAUGUGAAGGAGCUUGAGAAAGAAGAUGGAGUGAAGCUAAGGCAUGUAUUGGAGAUAUUAGAGAAUGAGAAGAAGUUAAUGGAAGAGAGACCGGAUUUACAGUUAGAGGACAACACGAAGAGGCUUAGACAAGCCUGCUUCAAGGCCAACUACAAGAAAAAAAGGCUGUCCGGAACGAACAACUCCUCAGCCACCAGGGUUCUUCAGGAUGAUGAAGAAGAAGAAGAAGAAGAUGAAGAAAUGAAGUAUCUGUUGGCGGAUUGCUCAUUUUCAUUCACUGGUGGCAGCCUGUUGCUGUACUAAAACCAGCAUCAACUUCAAUUCAAUUCAGGGUUUCAUCUUUAUAUCUUUUGUGAGGAUGAUUAGAAAUCACAAACCUCCAUAAGAAUGCCAAGCCCACUCUAACGACCUUGUAAUCUCUCCUCCCAUCUCAUUUCAUCUUUCCUCUCCUUUUCCACCCUCACUCUCUCUCAUGUCUCUCUUGUGGUUAAGGUUGUCAUCUCUUAUGUCUCUCUUUUGGUUAAGGUUAUUAAACCUGUGGACCACAGCACGGCCAAGUCUAUCAACUCGGAGGUGCACUCAGAUUGCAGGUAUUGCAUGAAGCUGAAAUAUCAUUUGAAGUGCACAGUCGAAACAACCGUAUGUUAUUACAAAAUUUUCAAUUACUAGCACAUUAUUACAUUCUUCUGAUAAUCUACGGCAGCAGUAAAUGUCUGCAACAGAAGUUCUCCACCAGAUGGGGUUAACAUGAAAACAUACAAACUACUAAACAAAAA